AUGGAAGAAGUAUUCGUCUGGUUAGUAAAUUGCCUGCUCGUACAGAGCCAAAAUGUUUAUAAAAUGGAGGAAACUAAUCGCCAUUUUGCUGAGUUUAAAGCGAAACAUAAUAAACAGUACGACACAGUAAUUGAAGAGGAAAUGAGGUAUCUGGUUUUCAAGCAGAACCUAAGAGAAAUAAAUGAGUUGAAUAAAGCAGGCGAUGCUGUGUAUGGCAUAACGGAAUUUACCGACCUCACCAAAGAGGAGUUUCUGAGACACCGUACUGGUUUAAAAGGAGGAUUACGUGAUGUGAACUGUGAAAUUACUCUGUCCCUGUCUGACGCGCCGGACGCCUUCGACUGGAGGUCCAAAAACGUAGUCAGCAGGGUGAAGGAUCAAGGACGUUGUGGAUCCUGUUGGGCAUUUGGGGCUUCAGGUGCUGUGGAGAGUCAGUACGCGAUCAUGAAGAAUAAAACUCAAGAGGUAUCAGAGCAGCAGCUUGUGGAUUGCGACACGAGGUCUUCUGGAUGCGACGGAACUGCCUACUUGUCCAAUCCAUUCAUAUAUUUUAUUAAAAAUGGUGCAAUGUCAGAAGAAGAUUAUCCGUAUAAAGCAAGGGAUGGUAAAUGCAAAUACGACGGAAGCAAAGUCAGAGUGAGAGUGCAGGGCUGCAGGAGUCUGAACCUGAAUGGGGAUGAAGUGAAACUGAAGAAAUUCCUCUAUGAGCAUGGACCAGCAACAAUAGCCGUAGACGCAACAGCUUUGAGCUACUAUGAAUCGGGCAUCAUCAACAAAUCCCAAUGUAAUUCGAAAAUUAUUAAUCAUGCUGUACUCUUAGUUGGCUAUGGAACAGAGAAUGGCAUUCCUUUCUGGAUAAUAAAGAACUCAUGGGGGAAUAAGUGGGGGGAACAGGGCUACUUCAGGGUGCAGAGAGGAGUCAACUGUCUCUUGCUAGCCAUCGAAAACCCCAUACAACCGAUAAUCAACCACAAUGUUUAUAAGAUGGAGGAAGCUGAUCGCCAUUUUGCUGAAUUCAAAGCUAAACAUAAUAAACAGUAUGAUACUGUGAUUGAAGAGGAAUUACGGUUUCUGGUUUUCAAGCAGAACCUAAAGGAAAUUAACGAGAUGAAUAAAGGAGGCGACGCGGUGUACGGCAUAACAGAAUUUUCCGACCUCACCAAAGAUGAGUUUCUGAGAUAUCAUACUGGUUUGAAAGGAGAGUUACGUGAUGUGAACUGUGAAAUAGCUCUGACCCUGUCUGACGCGCCGGAUGCCUUCGACUGGAGGACCAAGAACGUGGUCAGCAGGGUGAAGAAUCAGGGAAGAUGUGGAUCCUGUUGGGCAUUUGGGGCUUCAGGUGCUGUGGAGAGUCAGUACGCGAUCGUGAAGAAUAAAACUCAAGAGGUAUCGGAGCAGCAGCUUGUGGAUUGCGACACGAGGUCUUCUGGAUGCGACGGCACCAAUCGCUUAGCAAAUCCAUUCAUAUAUUUUAUUGAAAAUGGGGCAAUGUCAGAGGAAGACUAUCCGUAUGAAGCAAAGAAUGGUCAGUGCCAAUACGAUAAAGGGAAGAUCAGAGUGGCAAUCCAAGGUUGCAGAAGUUUGAAGUUGGAUAAUGAUGAGGAGAAAUUGAAGAAAUUCCUCUAUGAGCAUGGACCAGCAACUAUUGGCGUGGAUGGAACAGCUUUGAACUGGUAUAAAUCAGGCAUCGUCAGCGAUUCCCAAUGCACGUCCGACAUUGUUAACCAUGCUGUUCUUCUGGUUGGGUAUGGAACAGAAAACGGCAUUCCUUUCUGGAUAAUAAAGAAUUCGUGGGGAGGGAAGUGGGGUGAGGAGGGUUACUUCAGGAUGCAGAGGGGAAUCAACUGUCUCUCGGUAACUAAGGUCAGCCCGAUUCAGCCAAUAAUCAACUAG